AUGCGUUUGGCAUACGAGGCCUCGCUGAUGACCACGGUGGAGGUGGAAUACAUCCCCGGCUUCCUGGCCUUCCGCGAGAGCCCUCCCCUGCAGCAGCUCCUGGAGCAUGUGCGCCAGAGCAGCCCGACCCACUUCCCUGAUAUGCUCCUGGUCGAUGGGAAUGGCCUGUUGCAUGAGCGGUCAUGUGGCCUGGCCUCCUACCUUGGCGUUCAAAUAGACCUCCCCACCAUCGGCGUGUCCAAAACCUUCUUCAAGCUGCCGGGAAUCGAGGCCGAGGACGUGUCCAGCCGGGCGGCCGCGGAACUCACCCAGUCCGGGUCCUUCUUCGAUCUGAUCGACAGCUCAGGCAGGGUCAAGGGUCGCGCUAUGCGCGCAACGAAGAAGUCCUCCCGGCCGAUCUUCGUGUCGGUUGGCCACCGGGUCAGCCUGGACACGGCCGUGCGAGUGGUUCACGGAUCGUGCGAGUUCCGGCUGCCGGAGCCCAUCCGCCACGCGGAUCAGGUGUCUCGCACCCUGCUCAAGGCCUUCUGCCUCAAUGCCUCGACCGGCCAGCGGCCGUGGUCCCUGGCCGGGGGCCCGGAGUUUUCGGAACGUGUCUUCCCCACUGCGAAGUAG